AUGGCCGACAGUAAAGUGAGACAAAAUUACCAUGAAGAAUGUGAAGCAGCUAUCAACAAGCAGAUAAACAGAGAGCUGUACGCCGGUUACGUAUAUUUGUCAAUGGGCUACUAUUUUGAUAGAGACGAUGUUGCACUGCCAGGAUUUAGCAAGCAUUUUAAAGACCAAAGUGCCGAAGAACUCACUCAUGCAGAGAAGCUUAUGAAAUUUCAAAACAAGAGAGGAGGAAAGAUCGUUUUUUAUGAUAUUCAGCCACCAGAAAAAGACGACUGGGAAAGUGGCAUGGACGCACUGAAAGCUGCCCUGGCAUUGGAAACGAGUGUGAAUCAAGACUUGCUGAAAUUGCGCCAACUUGCCCAAGACCAUAAUGAUCCUCAGAUGUGUGACUUUUUGGAUAACGAACUGCUUCGACAACAGAUAGAAGAGAUCAAAGAAAUCGGAGACUUCAUCGGAAGUUUAGAAAGAGCCGGAAGAGGAUUGGGAGAGUAUAUGUAUGAUAAGAAGGAUAUGCCAGGCGAAACAAAUUAG